AUGAACCGAUACCUCGGGAUUGAUAAGAAUCUCACAGCCGUACUUGUACUGAUUUUGGUUGGUACUGGAGCACUGCCUGCCCGCUCCGACGAGCCUGUGAAUUCGCCUGGGUUUCGAAUCGAACUCCAAACCGCCGGUCAGGGCUUUGACAAGAAAACCUGCUGGGUUCACGCGCGUGCCGGGGCAAUCCCGGGCGAGGGCGAAGAUGAUCCCGAAAUCGUCAUGACCAUGCAGAAGCUACUGCUAUCCGGGUCAGACGUGUUCUACGCGUUGAAUGAGAUGCGAACGGACGACUUGGGAAAGACCUGGGUUGGCCCUAUUGAACAUGAAACGCUGGGACGACGCGAUGAGCCGGAUGGAAUCGAGGUCUGCAUCUGCGAUGUUACUCCCAAGUGGCACGCGGCUACGGGGAAACUGCUGGGCACGGGACAGAGUGUUCGCUACCAAAACAACCACGUCAUGAAAGUUCGGCGACGCGAGGUGGCGUAUUCGGUUUACGAUGCCGAAAGCCGCACUUGGUCCCCCUGGACAUCGGUGGAGCUACCUGAGGCUCGUGAAGACUUUCACAACGCGGGGGCGGGAUCUGGACAACGUUACGACUUGCCCAAUGGCGAGAUCUUGCUGCCGAUUUAUUUCAAGCGUCCCGAGGAGACCCAAUUCUCUACGACCGUUCUGCGCUGCGCGUUCGAUGGGGAAAAGCUUCGUUACAUCGAACACGGCAGCGAACACACCGUUCCGAUCAAGCGUGGGCUCGCUGAACCAUCCAUCACAAAGUUUGGCGACCGCUAUUUUCUGACGCUCCGCAACGAUGAAUCCGGCUAUGUGACUAGCGGGACCGAUGGCUUGCAUUUCGACAAGCCGAUCAAAUGGAAGUUCGACGACGGCGAGGAGUUGGGGAACUACAACACUCAGCAGCACUGGGUUACCCACAGCGACGGAUUGUUCCUUGUGUACACGCGUCGGGGUGCCGACAACGACCACGUCUUUCGGCAUCGCGCUCCGCUGUUCAUCGCACAGGUCGACCCCGAUCGGCUGUGUGUACUUCGCGACACCGAGCAAGUGCUUGUGCCCGAGCAUGGUGCGCGGCUGGGGAAUUUUGGCGUGGUCGAUGUGAAUGAAGUCGAAACCUGGGUCACAGUGACCGAGUGGAUGCAGCCGGUGGGCGUUGAGGCUUCUCAAAUCUCGCGAUUGCUCCGGAAAAUCAAUCUCUUUGCGGUCGCGCUUCUGCUGUUGGAGCUGUGUGCUUCUCCGGCCAUUGCCCAGAUGUCGAUUGGUUCGACCACCGGUGUGUUGCCGCCGAGCAUGCCCACUAGUUCUCUUAUCCUGGGCGACAACCUCACUUCGCUCCAAUCAUCCUGGCUAUCGGGCGGCACUACCGAUCAACAGGUUUGGAUUUUCAGCAUCAUUUCCAGGGCGAAUCAGAGCACAAGUGGCAGCGUUCCGACCGAUUUUGAUACGGCGGUCGCCGAUGCCAGUAUCGCCCAAUCAGCAGGCCUGCGGUAUGCGAUGACCGGCAACUUGGCCGAUCUCAAUAAAGCCGUGGCAGCUUUGGAAGUGCUCGAUGUUCCUGGCGGAAGUUUCAUUACGCGGCCAGAAGCGCUGACGAGUUAUCUGUCGGCAUAUGACUUUAUCCGAGGAGCGUCUCAAACCGACCUGCCGGCCGCCACGCGUCAGGUUAUCGAGAAUCGCCUACUCACGGUGACCCAAAGCCUGGACACGGGGAACAGCACUUACAGCAACGCCCGGGCAAAGAUUGGUGCCACUCGCGCUUUGGCCGGUGUUAUGCUUCGCGACCAGAUGUUGCUCAAUAAAGGGCUUGAAGACCUUCAGGGCCACUUCGAUUACAGCACCACUGAUGACGGGUGGUUCACUGACAGCCAAGGCCACUACCUUAACUACACGAUGCGGCACAUCGCCCUGUUUGCUCGCGCUUACGAGCAGGGCUCUGGUGUCGACUUAUCGACCAACUUUCAGCCUUACAUCGACAUGAGCAUCGCGCUACGAAAACCGGAUGGCACAACGCCCAACGUAUCGAACGGAUUGAACUAUCCGGUCGGCAUCCACUACCUCAUGUCAUCGACCGAUGCCGAAAGCGCAUCGAAUCUUCGCUGGUACCUCGAAUCGACAGCAACGCACCCCUACCCUUGGAAUAGCACCAAUCUGACCAAUCGAGACCACACCCAUGCUUCACCUUUCGCGCUGGCCGAUGUGGAAAGCGUAACUGCUGCAGAACCUUCGAUGUCACCCACAUAUUUUGCUACAGGUCAGAGCAAGAUCACGGUGUUUCGACACGAUUGGGGCCCCACCAGCGACUACCUGCUGAUGUCGCCUGGCAUCGAUAGCCCGGCCGUGGAGUUUUACAGUGAAGACCCACCGAUAGACCUCCGCUUCGCAGCUUUUCACAGCCACAAUGACACUGGCGAAAUCCUGCUUUCAUCGCAGGGAAAAUAUAUUCUGGUCGCCCCGGGCUACGACAGAACGGAUCUUUCGAACUCACCUAGUGGUUUGUAUGUGAAGUCGCCCCACUGGCACAACGUCGUAUUGGUCGACGGCGAUGUGGGCGGAAACAAUUUGGGACGCGCAAUGCGGCCUGAAGACUUCAUCCACACACACCGGUUAGACAGCACAGAACACGGCGGCUUUGCCGGCGUGAGCGACUUUGCCACGCUGGAGACGAAUUACGGUGGUGUCAACGUCCGCCGGAGUACAGCUUUUGCCAACGAAGACUAUUUCGUGGUCGCCGAUCGGAUGCAGGGCGAUGCAUCACACGAUUAUGGAUUCAACCUCGUGGGCCGUGGCACUCAGACCAUUCUCAGUUCCGAUCCCAAUUACGUGGCCGUAAAGUGGGAAUUUGAUGGAUCGCAGGUAAUCGAGCACUUGCUGGCCAGCGAUAGCCUUACGCUUAGCACCGAGAGCCUGUGGAUGCACGACACCUUCAACGACUUUGAAGCCACGCAGCGCAUGAACGCAACGAUGUCGGCUGAAGAUGGCUUGUUCCUUAGCGUGCUGGAGACGGGUGCCGCUGGAACGGCUUCCCAGCUUGCGAUCACCAAGCUGGCUUCAAGCACCCAGCAUCUGGCGGCCGAGGUCGCGAACGUUGCUGAGAAUUGGGUCGACACCAUUUUGGUGCAGCAGAACGCCGGCGACUUGUUCACUGCGGGCGACAUCGAAACCAAUGCGGAAUACACCUACUUCCGCAAGGUCGACGGCAUGGUCAACUCGCUGAUGAUGGCCAACGGUUCGCUUCUUGCUUAUGAGGGCGACACCCUUCUCGAAACGACAUCGCCGCUGACCAUGACCCUCCUAUUUGGCGAGGACGAACUUCGGGGAACUCUCUCGGGCGAUGGUUUCGUGCCCGGAUCGCAAUUGUUCCUCUACGACCAACUCCCGGUUGCCGGCGCUUGGCUGGAUGGUUCUGCGAUUUCGUUCCAGAAUCUAUCUGGCUACAGCAGUCUUACCCUUCCAAGUUCGGGUUCACUGGUUGUCACAUUCUUGGUCCCCGAACCAAGCACCAUUUUCCUUGCCACCACCGCCCUGCCCCUAAUUUGGUGGGCAUCGCGAAGGCGACGGCAGUCGUCUUAA